CAAGUUAAGGCGGCGUGUCUUUAACCCACCUUUGGCCAGUGUGUGGCAGUCUGGUGGUGGCCCCUCCCUGCAGCUGUCUUCCUUGUUGCCCGCCAGCUGUAUCGUUCCCCCUCCAGUCCGUCCAAUUGACCGCCCACCUUCACGACUCUACCAUCACCCUCAUCAACCAAUUUCCGCCUCGCCUUUCUCAAAACAGACACAAUGCAGGGUCUCCUCCUCUCUCUUGGCCUUCUGGCCUCCAGCGCCGUCAGCUUCGUUGCUGCCGCUGACUUGAAGAUCGACGUCACCCAGGAGGUCGAGUGCGACCGCAAGACCAAGAAUGGCGACAAGCUCACCAUGCACUACCGCGGUACUCUGCAGGCCGAUGGCAAGCAAUUCGAUGCUAGCUACGACCGCGGAACCCCCUUCAGCUUCAAGAUUGGCAGCGGCCAGGUCAUCAAGGGAUGGGAGCAAGGACUUCUUGACAUGUGCAUUGGCGAGAAGAGAACCCUGACCAUCCCCCCCGAGCUUGGAUACGGACCCCGCGGCAUGGGCCCCAUUCCCGGCGGCUCGACUCUCGUUUUCGAGACUGAGCUCGUCGGCAUUGACGGUGUUCCCAAGCCCGAGAAGAUCAUUGUCAAGGCCUCCUCGGCUGCCAGCGAGGCUGUCGAGUCUGCCACCGAGGGCAUUGCCGAGAAGGUCGCCAGCAAGGUCGCUGAGGCGGCUGACGUUGUCAAGACCAUUGUCGCUGACUCUGAUGCCGACGGCCAGGAGCACAACGAGCUCUAAAUAAGCCCUCCCCGAAACGAUUCUAUACGAGUAGACUUGCAUCCGGUAGAGAAAAGGCAAUCAAGAUCCAAUUGGUGUCUACACGUGAAGCAUUACUUGCUAUGCAAAAGCAUUCACUGGCGAAUUUGGAUUCGACGAGAUAUAUACGACGCGUCACGAAACUAUUAUGAUUUUAGGCGAGCAACUGAAUGCCAAACAGCAUAACUUCUACUAUCCCGUUCAUAUCUGAAAUGUGCAUGUGGUUGAAGUUGUGCAGGUUGUUAUUCACGUGCAGAGAUGGUAGUCUUUUGGAAAUCGUCAUAACAUUGUAGUUAUUAAUUAUUGUACAGCAGCGUUGUCUUUGGUAAGUGAGACCGAGUUCCCUCGGAUUAUUUUGCGAAGGACACCUCCUUAACCAGCCUGGUACACAGCAAGCGCAGCAACAUGCGGGUUGAUCAUGGUCAAAUUGUGAGCUGUGACAUACAUGUCAGUAUCCGUAAGAGCAACAAACAUGGUCGAGUUAAUGGCGGGAUCAUGCUCCCACGUCGAAACGUUGGGCUGGAUGGUGUACGCCGUACGAGACUCGAGGCUAACGUUCUGAAGUGCCGAGAAGGUGACAUUCAGUUGCGACACCCAGGCGGCGAACUUUGGCUCCACGACGUUGGUCGCGGUGAUGUAGCUGUUGUUGGGACCAACCGCUUGGCCCGGAGCGUCCCAUUGGAAAAAGACCUGGCGGCCUGGGUAGGAUAGGGGCAUCGUGCGGUUCUGAGUGAUGGCGGCAUUACAGUCCUGGAGGGGAUCCGUGGCGUUGACACAAGAUUCAGCAUCGGUGAUGUUCGUCGUCGCCGCGGUGUUCGCCCACCCGCCGGUAGUCUCAUUCCAGACGUUGGAACCGUUGAUGCGGUAAGGGUUGGGCUGGUUCAGGAUGUGAAGAGCGGGGAAGUUCUGCCAGAUGAGGCGGGUCUGGCCUGCCGGACAGCUAGAGAUAUACGGUGCCAGCAGCGUCCAGGCCCAACUCUGCGGAAUACCGGGAAUGUGCCACUCCGGCAUGGGGAACAAGCCCUCGAACUGACGGAAAAUCAUUUG